UAACGCAAGGGUUAAAAUGGUGAGUGAAAGUCAUCAUGAGGCCCUGGCAGCACCGCCAGCCACCACGGUAGCAGCAGCCCCUCCGAGUAAUGUCACCGAGCCAGCCAGUCCUGGGGGAGGCGGCGGGAAAGAAGAUGCAUUUUCUAAGUUAAAAGAGAAGUUCAUGAAUGAACUGAAUAAAAUUCCACUGCCACCUUGGGCCUUAAUAGCCAUAGCCAUAGUUGCAGUCCUAUUAAUCCUUACCUGCUGCUUUUGUCUCUGUAAGAAAUGCUUGUUCAAAAAGAAGAACAAGAAGAAGGGAAAGGAGAAGGGAGGGAAGAAUGCUAUUAACAUGAAAGAUGUUAAAGAUUUAGGGAAGACCAUGAAAGACCAGGCUCUUAAGGAUGACGAUGCUGAGACUGGGCUGACUGAUGGGGAAGAGAAAGAAGAACCCAAAGAAGUGGAGAAAUUAGGGAAAAUCCAAUAUUCUUUGGAUUAUGACUUCCAGAAUAACCAG